AUGGACCCAACUUCAAGUCUCACCCAGACCGUGGUAGCCAAGGCUCACGAAGCCGUUGGCCUAGCUGCUUCCCUUUUGGAUACUAUAUCAGAUCCAAAACUACUGUCUCUUCAAGAUGCUGUGUCAAAUACGUCUGAGGCAUACUCAAGUGUUCAGUCUCCAUAUUGGGACUGGAUCCUAUCUACCAUUUUGAAAAUGUGGCAUCUAUACGCUCCUAAAGUCUUAGAAGUCGCUGCUCGUGUAUCUCCACCAUGGUUUAUCUCGAUCCCAUUAUUACUUUUGUCAGUGCCGUUGAUUGGGUAUAUCAUAUAUCAACUCUACUUUCACCCUCUUGCCAAAUAUCCUGGCCCGUUAUGGGCGAAGCUUUCAGGAUCUCGCAGAGGGUACCAUGCGUGGCUCGGAGACUUGCAUUACGAUAUGUGGAAAUGUCAUCAAAAAUAUGAUAUAUAUAGCCAUGGAAAGAACAUGCAAAAAAGUCUUCCGUAUCUUGUAAUGGUGCACAAUACUCCGAGCACCUUUACUUUGAUAGACAAGAAAGAACACGCCUGGAAAAAGCGCAUUCUGAGUCAGAAAUUCUCGGACUCGGCUAUCCGUUCGUACGAGCCAAAAGUGUUGACGCUCGUUGAUCGACUCUGUGAUGUUUUGUGCCCCAGGCCGUCCGAGAACGACAGUGGCGAGUCGGCGAUUCCGCAAACCAAAUCUGUUUGGUCUGAACCGUUCAACAUGGCUACCUGGUGCGAUAAUUUGUUCUUUGAUCUCAUGACAACUGUUGUCUUCGGCGAAUGUUUCGAUCUCAUUCGUAGUCCGUGGUACCGUUAUGUCCCCGAAGCUCUCGCGAGAUCGAACCAGCGCGUCAGUGUAAUUGUGCAGUGGCCAAUGAUCGCAUUCCGCCGUCUCGACAAGAAACUAUUCAAAGAUUCGGUGCAUGGCAGAAAAGAGUUUUUGCGAUUUGUGCACAACUUGGUGACUGAUCGAUUGACUCGAGGGGCCGGGAAGGGAGAUGUCUUCUCUGGCUUGCUUGAUGCCUUGGACCCUACCACAGGCAACAAGUUAAGUCGGGACGAAAUCGUAGCUGAAAGCAUCCUGAUGAUUGUUGCUGGGUCUGAUACCUCAUCGACUCUUCUGUCGUCCAUAUUCUUUUAUCUGGCAAAAGAUCCACAGAAGAAAGAAAGAUUGGUGAAAGAAAUCCGCUCGUGUUUUCCGACUCGAGACGAUAUCCAUCUAGGUGAGAAAUUGAAUUCAUGCCGCUACCUGCAAGCCUGCAUAUCCGAGUGCCUACGGUUGGCUCCACCAGUCGCCUCUGCGCCUUUCCGCGAAGUCUCGCCAGGCGGUGCUGUUGUGGACGGCCAUUAUCUUCCCGCAGGUGCCAACGUCGGAACCGGAAUCUACAGUAUUCAGCACAAUGAGCAGUAUUUUCCUCAUCCGUUCGAAUUCAUCCCUGAACGAUGGUUGGAAAAGGAGAAUCCGUAUGGGAUCAAUCAGACGGAAGCGCAUGUGCCUUUCUCUAUUGGUCCAAGGGCAUGCCUAGGGAAGUCUUUGGCAGUCACAGAAGUCUCCCUCCUGAUGGCCUACAUUUGCUGGAUGUUGGAUUUCGAAAUUGCUGAGAGCUUGAAAGACGUCGGUGGCGGCACUAAGAAUGGCAGACAUGGAAGACAUCGACCAGGCGAGUACCAAUUAUACGAUCAUAUCACUAGUGCGCGUAACGGGCCCUGGAUUAAAUUCAGGCGAAGGGGUUUGGAGUUCUAA